AGGCUAGGUUGGCCAUUCCUAAAUCCCAAUUUCCCUUCCCUCUUCUCUUCCCUCGUCCCAAGUUCGCAGUUCGCAAGUCGCAACUUUGCCGGCAGUCGGCGCUCCCCAACUCCCAGUCCCAAUUCCCUUCAGCUUCACCUUCCCUUACAAGUUCCCUUCCCACUUCGCAGUUCGCACACAGUUGGCGACGGCGAGUUCGAACUUCCUGUUCCAGAUCGACAAAUCCAGUCUUCCCCUUCGGAGUUCGGCUUCCACCUUCCCAACUUCGCAGCUCGCACUCUCGCAGACUCGCAGUACUCCUUCGGACCUUCCGUCCUUCAGAUCUCGAUUUGACAACUACACCAGCAAUUAAUGGCAUACCAGGGAGGUAACCUGAAGUCCACCUCCAUUAAUGGGGUGAAGAUGUACACCGUCUCCAAUAACAAGCACUCGCUUGCCACGUGGCUUGCACCUAAGAAGCUGAAGGCUCUUCGCAAGGACAAAGACUAUAUGACAAGGGUGGACAUUAUCCAGGAUUUAAGGUUUGACACUGCAACAACCAAAAUCAAGGCAACUCCAGAUGGAGAGUUUCUUAUUGCAUCAGGUAUUUACCCACCACAAGUAAAAGUAUAUGAGCUAAGGGAACUGUCUAUGAAGUUUGAAAGACACUUGGAAUCAGAGAUAGUUGAUUUUCAGGUGUUGGCAGAUGACUAUUCAAAGAUUGCAUUUUUAUGUGCUGAUCGUUCUGUUUGUCUGCAUGCGAAAUAUGGACGUCACUACAGUUUACGGAUUCCGAGGAUGGGACGGGAUAUUGCAUAUGAUUGCUGGUCUUGCGACUUGCUUUGUGCUGCCUCAUCUCCAGAUCUAUAUAGAAUAAAUUUAGAACAGGGACGUUUUCUUUCCUCGCUUAGCACGCAAUCUCCAGCACUAAAUGUAGUAUCUCGAAGCAAGCUUCAUGGAUUAGUUGCUUGUGGUGGUGAGGAUGGUGCUGUAGAGUGCUUUGACAUGAGAACAAGAUCUGCUGUUGGUAGGAUUAAUGCUGUUGCUCCUACUGGUGAUAUUGAUGAGGAAGUUACUGCAUUGGAGUUUGAUGAAGAUGGGGGUUUCCUCAUGGCUGUUGGAAGUAGUGCAGGAAAGGUACUGAUCUAUGACUUGCGGUCUUCUUAUCCUGUACAAAUUAAGGAUCAUAUGUAUGGUACCUCAAUACUGGACAUUAAGUGGCAUCACACUCUUAAUUCCGAAAGACCAAAGUUAAUUACCACUGACAACCACAUUGUCAGGAUUUGGGACCCUGAGACGGGAGAAGGCAUGACCAGCAUUGAACCAACAGCUGGAAGAAUAAAUGAUACUUGUGUUUUUGGUCAGAGUGGGUUGAUGAUGUUGGCUCUGGACUGCAGCCAGAUUCCAUCAUAUUUUAUACCUGCCCUUGGACCAGCUCCAAAGUGGUGUUCAUACAUGGAAAAUUUAACGGAAGAGCUAGAGGAAGGUGCGGAAGCAACUAUAUAUGAUGAUUUCAAAUUUUUGACAAAAGAUGACUUAGAGAGGUUGCAUUUGACGUCCUUGAUUGGCACUGAUGCCCUUAAAGCCUACAUGCAUGGUUACUUCAUUAAUUACCGGCUGUAUAAACAGGCGCAAUCAUUAGAUUCAUUUGCAUAUGAUGCUUAUAAAGAGCAGCGGAAAAAAGAGAAACUGGAAGCCCAGCGUGCCUCUCGAAUUACGAUUAAAAGGAAACUACCUAAAGUUAAUCGGGUUCUUGCAGCUCGUCUUCUUGAAAAUGAAGAAGCUGAAAAUGAGAAGAAAGAUGCUGGUGGUGUUGAUACCAAGAAAACAUCUAAGAAGAAAGGAUUGAGUAGUGAAAUUCUCAAAGAUGAACGUUUUGUACAGUUGUUUGAAAACAAGGAAUUUGAAGUCGAUGAGCAAUCAGAAGAGUAUCUAAAAUUACAUCCGAUAUCUUCCAAGAAGCAAGAGUCUCUAGUGGAGGAACAUUUUGAGCCUGUUUUAGGGGAUGGCGAUAUGAGCUUAAGUAGUUCUGAUGUUUCAUCAGCUGAGUCAUCAGAAGAUGAGCUUCAGGCUGAUAGAAGUGAGGUCAAAAGGAAAUCACGAGUUCCAAGAUUGUAUGAGGUGAAGGAUGAGCGGCAUGCUGAGGCAUAUUGGAAUCGUGUAUCACUUGCAAAAGAGGACUCUCUUUCUAUGGGUGAGAGAGUGGCAGGUCUCAAGGAUGAGCAUCAGGCUUUCAGUGCGCGUAAUGAUGUUAAGUUGGGGCCAGGAGGAUCGCGGGAGAUUACGUUCCUUUCUCGAAACUCAGCCAAGUACAAAGAGGACGAGGGUGAGAAGGGUGCACGUCGAGAGAAGAAAAGGGGGGUCCAAUCUUUAGGGCUGAAACCAGAUAGAUCGGGGUUUCAAGGUCGAGGGAGAGGAAGAGGUCGUGGGAGAAGCAGAGGAAGAGGUCGGUGGUGAUCAUGUUUCUCAUCAGCAAUUGAUUGGUCGUUCAAUUGAUCUUGCUUGGACCAUUUACCGGUGGUGAAGUUGGAAGCGUUCUGACUAGUGAUGGUAAAUAGAUUUUGUCGUACUACAAAUGUACAUUCGAAUAGUUGGAGAGAGAAGAUACUUAGGGAGCGUUGAGGUGGGGGAUUUUGUUUUGUGCUAUUUAUAAUUUUUUUUAAUAAUAGUUUUCAUGGGUUUUGUUCUAAUUGCAUUUUAAAUUUUGUAAUGUUAAUGAAAUAAUAUUUGCAUUGCCAAGGAAAGAAGCUGAAUAUUGGGAGUACUCA